GGGAGGGAAGGAAGAGGAGAGAAGGAAGGAGGUCUUGGGGAGGAAGAUGAGAGAAGGGAGGACUCUGCACGUGGUUGCAACUGAUUAAUAGGCAUGUGGAAAAGCAUCGGUGUUUGCUUACCAGUGAAGUGUGCAGGGAACCUCCCCACACUGCAGGAGCUGGUAGGGAAGAGGCUGCAGCAGCGCCUGGAGAUCUGAGGGGAGCCCAGAAUGCUGGCCAUGGAGAGAGGAGCAGGAGUAUCACGUGCCGUGCUGCCGAGGGGGCUGAAGCAAGGUGGUGUGGCUCUGAUGGCUGCGGAGGAGCCCGAGGUGGUACAUGAAGAGGAACUGGUGGUAGACUCAGCGGCCGCCAAGUCAGAUGACUUGAGCACUCCUGAGGAUAGCAGGACAGCAGGCUGCUAAAGAAUGAGAUGAGUCACACAGGCAGGGGAGAACAAGAGCAACUGGUUGAGGGAAAGCAGGGUGUGUUGUGAAACAGGGAGAUGGUAAAUGUGCUGUUGGAUGACAGGUAAUUAUUUGUUCUGGGACACGGUAAUCUUUUGCUUGGAUCACGAGGAGGGGACAAGGAAAGCAAGGUAGGAAUGUCUCAUUUGCAAGUUUCACCAGCAGACUAUUGCUUGAGAAUCUAGGCAGAUCUGCAUAAUCUGCAUGCUGUUACAGCUUCAAGAAGGGACUUCCUCUCCUGGGCACUAAGGGGAGUGAUACUUCACUGUUCAGUGAAGAGCUGACAACGGGAGGCAGCAGGAGGAGGAUUGAUAGCUUGGAAAGAGAACUUCAUCCCACUGCCUGCAGUGUAAAGGAUUUCACACUGAAGAGUGGGGAAGUGCAUGAGUCUUAAUUAUGGAAAAUCCCAUGAGGAAUACAGGGAUGUGAAAGUUUGAAAGUUUCAAGUAGCAGUUACCUUGUCUAGGAUCAGCUGUGGGAUCACAUAGACAAUAGUUUUUUCAGCCCUUAAUUGGUGUACAGUUAAGAGGCACAGGAGAAUAAGAGCAAACUGAAUACACAUACAAGAGUAACUGUUCAAAUGUCUACAUUUGUUUGAAGUCUAAGAGUUCUGCAGAUUGAAGGGCACUGACAUAAAACUUGAUAGUAAAAAAAAGACUAUGAAGUGUCUCUUUAUUCUGCAGAGUGGUUUUACUGAUUGCUGCAAGCAGCUGGCUCUUCCAGGAAGUGCCAAUAUUUAACAACGAUUAACUUUGUCUGGGAGCUGUGUCUGUAGUGGGAAAGAGACUGCAGGAAACUUCAGGGAGAGAGCACUGAGGAGGAUGACUGCAGGUUGUUGAUUUAGUACAACUUAGCUUAUUCAAAGCAAUGUGAUCUCUGCCUAAGCAGGUCAGGAAAUAGAAGGUGGGGUAGUAGGGUUCACUUACCUAUCUAUUUAAAUCUCUGUUAAAUCUUUUCUCAGAAUAAUUCCCAGUUAAGAAGUUACCUAAUGAUUCAGCAUUACUUUUUCCUCCAGAAGCAGCUAACUGAUUCACAGAGCCAGCAGACAGCAUGUUUUGCUACGGAAUGAGUAAUCGUUAAUCCCAGUUCGCAGAUGAGGAAAACUGGCGUGGGACUAGACUUGCCCUUGAAGAUGAGAGCCCACCUGAGGAGCUGCUGGAGACUGGAGCACCCAACUGCUGCUGCCACAAGGCCCCACCAGCCAGACACGAUGUACUGCCUUCAGUGGUUGCUGCCUGUCCUGCUCAUCCCCAAGCCCCUUAACCCAGCGUUGUGGUUCAGUCACUCAAUGUUCAUGGGCUUCUACCUGCUCAGUUUCCUCCUGGAACGGAAACCUUGCACAAUUUGUGCCUUGGUCUUCCUGGCAGCUCUGUUCCUCAUCUGCUACAGCUGCUGGGGGAACUGCUUCUUGUAUCACUGCACAGGAUCCCAGUUGCCAGAAUCAGCUCACGAUCCCAGUAUAGUGGGCACCUAGAAAACUAUUAUCUUCCAGUUUGCUGACAGCUCUGGUUUUGCUUUUAAAAAGGGGGGGAGGGUCUAGGGAGGAGGGUGGGGGUGUGUUAGGCAUGUGAUUGAAGUAAAAACAGCCUAUUUCCUGUAACGUAUGUGUGGACUAGAGUGGUAAAUUCCUGACCAGCCCUCCCACUCUGCCUGUGAAAUUUGACUUGUUUACUGUGUGAACUCUCGCAGCGCCACCUGCUUUUUUAGAAGCAGAAAUCUUUUUUCCUUCCCAUGUCACUGGGAAUGGACACCAGCCCUCCUACCUGAGAACUGGUGGAGGAAAGACCUGUUGGCCUCUGUCUGACUGUUGCACGGUGGUGGAGUUGCGUGUCACUCUCUUGUUGGCCACGAUGGUCUAACACCGAUUCUGCUCAAGUAGCUCCAGGAUCCACUCCAUCCUUCAGUUUGUGGGGAGCCAGCCUUCCCACCUUGCUGAUCAAUGGACAACAGCUCAACAGCUCACAGAUGCACUUGGCCAAAAGCUGCUGGAGCCAGAGGCAUUUGAGUCAUCUCCUCCUGCUCAGCCUGCCAAAGAGAUGUGUGCACUGCCCAAGUGCUUUCUGAACUACUAAUGCUCCAAGAUCAUAGCCUGAAAGCCUCAGUUAUGCUGCUGCUUUUAUAAAGCCUCACAGGCAGCAGAGACUGCCUCUUCCCCUGCUAGAUUUCCAGGGUUUACUGAACUAUUGACUGCAACAAGAUGUGUGAUUUUCAGAAUCUCUACGAACCUCACCUGAGAAAGCUAAACAGUGACCCAAACGUCAGGGUGUGGGCAGAGCAAGAGAAGAUCCUGAGGUGGAGGCAUGACACGAAGCCAUUGAUGCCAUUAGUGGACACAUGAUUUUCAGUGACAGUGUUCUCAGGCCGAGGGUGACAGAAGGUGCUGAUGCUAUGGCUUGGUGAUGGAGGCACUGGGUACUACUCUGACUUCUCCCUGGUUCCCCUGGUUGGUGGUGGGUUGCUCGCACAUGGGCACUGUUGUGCAGAGCUUUGCCCUGCACAGUACUCUCCGUAGCAGUGGCUCUUGGGGAGCCUUCCCUGGGGCAGCAGCUUGCUUGUGAGAAACUCUAGGUUAACACAGAGUAUUGACUACGGUGUCAGAGAGCUCCCUCAUUUGCCAUCUGCUCAUCUUCGAUCUCAAAGGGGAACGCAGCAGAAGUGGCUGCUGCUGUCCCAAGGAAGUUCAGGCUAUGAAAUUGUGAAACUUCCGGAAUAUUGUUUGUUCAUUGCACAGCUGUUCAAAAUGUUUAAUAAAGCUUUAUAAACUUUG